CUGUUGAUGAGGUGGAGCCUCUUCGUAAACAAUACACAAAAGUGGUGGAUGCCUACGGAUGUCUGGGAGCCCUUUGUUUCAACAUGGGCAAUCAAAGACUCCAGUAUUUAGUGAUGGUCACAAGUUGUUUGUCAGUGGGAAAAAUUGGCGACUCUGAGGUCUUUCGGAUCUCGGCCGUACAGUUUGUGUCUCUCCGCAAUGAUCCUGCUGAUGAAGACAGAGUUGCUGAGAUCCGUAAAUUACUGAGUUCUGGCACUUUUUACUUCACGUGGGCUGCAGGAGGCGAUCCUUGGGACCUCAGUCUUUGUGCUCAGAGAAAUCUUCAGGACCAUGAUACAGACAACAAGUUUUUUUGGAACCGCAUGCUGCAUGUGCACUUUCAACGGUAUGGUGUGGACUGUUCAAAAUGGUUGCUGAAGGUCAUGUGUGGGGGUGUGGAGAUUCGAACCAUCUACGCUGGUCAUCGCCAAGCCAAAGCCUGCAUCAUAUCACGGCUCAGCUGCGAGCGGGCAGGCACUCGCUUCAACGUCAGAGGGGUCAAUGACGAUGGCAGUGUGGCAAACUUUGUCGAGACAGAGCAGGUCAUCUUUUUGGAAAAUCAAAUUGCUUCAUUUGUCCAGACAAGAGGAUCAGUUCCUCUGUUUUGGGAGCAGCCAGGAAUCCAGGUGGGCUCCCACAAAGUGCACAUGUCCCGGGGUUAUGAGAUGGCAGCGCCUGCGUUUGACCGCCACCUUCGGACAGUCCGGCAGCAGUAUGGGGAACAAGUCAUUGUCAACUUGCUGGGCUCCAAAGAAGGAGAGAAGAUGCUGAGCCAAGCGUUUUAUAACCAUCAUGCCGCAUCCUCUCACAAGCAAGAUGUUCCAUAUUACCACUUUGACUACCACGCGGAAGUGAAGGGUACAAACUUGAAAAACCUGGAGAAGCUCAAGACCAGAAUCCUGAAGCACAUGCACCAGUUUGACUUCUUCUACACGGAAGGUGACACUGUUAGCCACCAGCAGACAGGAACCAUCCGCACCAACUGCCUGGACUGUCUGGACAGGACAAACGCUACGCAAAUGAUGAUUGGUCUGGAGAUGCUAAACAAGCAGCUUCAAGCCUUGGGACUAGCUGCCAAACCCCAGAUGGUUGGACGGUUUGAGGAGGUGUACAAACAGAUCUGGGUGCACAACGGGGACCACAUGAGUCGCAUCUAUACUGGGACCGGAGCAUUGGGCGGCGGAAGGUCAAAGUAUUCUGAUGCCUCUCGGUCGGCCAGCAGAACUAUUCAGAACAACUUCCUGGAUGGGAGCAAACAGGAAGCCAUAGAUGUUCUGCUCAUGGGAAGUUCGUUGUAUGGAGCUCUAGCUGAUCGAGCGAGGGCUCUGCUGUCUUCCAGAUAUCUGCACGCAUCUGAAAGUAUCCUGUGGCCGAUGACCCGGCGUUAUGCAGAGUACACCCAUCCUCAGAAGUACCGCAUCUGUGUGGGAACGUACAAUGUGAAUGGAGGCAAGCAUUACCGCAGCAUUGCCUACAAGCAUCAGUCACUGGCUGAUUGGCUUCUUGAUGCUCACAAAACUCAUCCAAAUGUACUGGUAGAUGAUGUUGACUACGACAAACCCGUAGACAUCUUUGCUGUGGGAUUUGAAGAAAUCGUGGACCUCAACGCCAGUAACAUUAUGAGUGCAAGUACCACCAAUGCCAGGGAGUGGCAGAAAGAAGUGAUCAAAACCAUCUCCCGCGACCACAAGUAUGUCGUCCUCACAAGCAUACAGCUUGUGGGCGUGGUCUUGUAUGUCUGCGUCCGGCCCAACCUGGCCCCAUUUAUCAGAGAUGUUGCUGUUGACAAAGUGAAGACUGGUCUGGGUGGAGCCACUGGCAACAAGGGAGGCGUGGGCAUACGUUUCCUACUCAACAGUACGUCCAUCUGCUUUGUGUGCGCUCACCUGGCAGCUGGUCAGAACCAGGUGACUGACCGCAACAACGACUACAACGAGAUCACUCGCAAGAUGGCCUUUCCUAUGUCUCCGGACUCCCCCAGGAAGGGCCGUAGUGUUUUGUCGCAUGACUGCGUUUUUUGGUGUGGAGACUUUAACUACCGCAUCGACCUGGCGGGAGAUGAAGUGAAGAGCCUCGUGAGCAGCGAGAACUGGGGCGCCCUUCAGGAGAUGGAUCAGCUCAAUGCACAGAGGGCACAGGGGAAUGCUUUUAAAGGCUUCAAUGAGGGCAAGACAGACUUUGCACCAACUUACAAAUACGACACUUUUAGCGAUGACUACGACACCAGUGAGAAGUGCAGGACACCUGCCUGGACAGACCGGGUGCUGUGGAGGGUGAAGAGACUCUCAGAGGAUGAUGAUCCGGAAGAGAGAGAGAAACAGGUGAAACUGUUGCUGUACGCUAGAGCUGAGCUGCGCACUUCGGACCACAGACCAGUUAUGGCGUUGUUUGAUGUGGAGACUCCAGUCCUAGAGGAGGACAAGAAGAGUGCGGUGCUGAAUCAGGUGGUCAGCGAACAGGGACCGCCUGACGGGACAGUCAUCGUGUCCAUGGCUGACGGCGGAGAGCUGUCAGAUGAGACAGUUAAUGAGAUUGUGGCCAAGUUUAAUGAAGUGGGAGACAUCAUCAUCGUCAGAUUUGUGGGCUCGGACAUGUGGGUUCUGUACCAGAGGGGUCAGUGUGCCCUGGAAGCCUUGCAGUUUGAUCAACAGGAGUUUGCCGGAAGCCAGGUGCAAGUGAGACUCAAGACCCAGGAUUGGCGUGAGGAGAUAGAGAAAGAGCUCAACCUGUGCUCCAGCAACACUGCGCCAAUGUUCAACCAGUUCAGCAACUCCCUGCUGGGGGAUGACUUCAGCAUUCCCUCCAUGGAGUUUGACAUAGACGAAGGUGAGGCUGAAGAACUGGCUGAUGCAGAAGUGGCCUCAGCACUGGAUGCUCCUCUGGACCCGCGACCGUCAUCCGGCAGAAAUACACCAACAAGUCAGCACAGUCCUGCUCCUGGGUCUGACCAGCUGACCACUUCUGACAUCCCAGGUGGGCCCCCUGUACCCGGCCGUCCACUAAAAAGCUCCCCUACACACAGGUCAGGGAGUAGGAGUCCAGCUGCCGCCUCCUGGGACAGUGGUCAGUCAGUGGUCAAGGAGGCGAUGCAGCCACUCAGAGCCUCUCCAGCUCCUACAGGGGAGAGCAAACAGCCUCCUGCUCGCCCGAGCGCACCCCCGUCCAGACCUCCCCCGCCUCAGAGACCCCCCGGAGGCCCUCCACGGCCGGCCUCAGCAGCGGUUGCUGCCCCAGCUGCACCCAUGACUGGACCAGGCGGUCCGGACAGGCCAGCGGCUGCUGCGCCUACAAAGAUGAGACAGCCCCUACGGCCCGCACCGUCGGAGAAAGCCAAGAUCAAGAAGCCUGCCAGCAAACCUAUUGGCCAGAUUGGCCUCCCCACCAACGUGACACACCACGGCCAUGCCAGCAGCAUUGAGGAAGCCCAGGCUCUUAUAGAAAAGCUGAUGGCUGUGCCCAACGACGAGGGGGCUUCUGGUUCCUCCGAUGACUCGGGUGCCGCAGUCUCACUCCCUCCUCCUCUCGCUCCAUCUCGGUCAGAGACGAACCUUUCCAGUGCUUCCGAUUCUAGUCAGCUCGUUCCUAAGCCUGUUCCCCGUAGCAAGACCUCAAAUGAGCUGUUGGAGGAUUCGACCCCAGACUCUGUCCAACAGCGGCCAAUCCCUAAGCAACGCAGUCAGGACAGCCCCACAGAUGAUUCAAAGCUGGUGAAGAUGACAGCAGCACCAGAAGUCAAGGACCCCGGUCUGUCUGCGCCAAUAGCCAGACCAAGGCCGGCCCCGCGAAGAGAUGUUCAAAGUUGUAUCGUAGAUAGCCCUGUACAGGGACUCUCGCAGUCCUUGCCGCCUGCCCCAAACAAGCGACCAGGCAGCGUUUUGGUCAUGCCCACUCUCCCCGGCCCUGCUUCUAGACCCGCCCCUCCGCCCCCUUCUGCCCGCCCCGCACCCCCACCCCCUAGUGCCAGGCCAGUCUCUGCGUCCCCUUCCCCCACCCCCCUCCCUGCUCCAGUCCCCCCUGCCCGACCCUCUCGACCGUCUGCCCCAUCCUCAAACAAAACUAACAACCCUUCAGCCCCCGACCCAUUUGACUCAUCAUUUGUGAACGAUGGGAAAAAUGAAAAUGCUGCCCAUAUAUUAGACAGAGAGAAUAGCAUGGUAGAUACAAACCCGUUAGAAGCUGAUCCUUUUGAUACUUCAUUCGUCAAACCCCAAGGGCUGGCUUUCCCUGGGAGUGUUUUUGGUCCUAAUUUCAGCAACCCGGCUGUUAAGCAGACGGUAGAUUUGUCUGCAGACCAGUUAAACAGUAAGUCCUCUUCAGAUCCUUUUGACACGAGCUUUGCUACUAAAAAGGGACAAGAUAAUUCGCAGUCAGCAUUUUCCGACCCAUUUGAUACAAGUCGUAUACCGAGGCAAUCCCCGGUUCAGUUUGCUUUGGAUGGGUCAGGUGGAAGUGCAGCGAAUAUCGCCAAGACAGAUGUAAGUAAUGAGAACAACAGCAACAGCCAGGAGCCUUUCGUUAGCACUGGAGGUGAAGCCUUCGCUGCUUUGCCUUCAGAUCUGCACACACCUCAGGCCCCUAGCAUCAGCCCACCCCCGCUCCCACCUGAUGCAUCUCCCCCGAGCAUAAAACCUCCUUCUCCCCCACCUCCAAUGAGUUGUCCCUCAGAAGCUCCGCCUCCUCCCCCACCACCUAGACCUGUUGACGUAGCUGACCCCGCCCCUCUGGCCCCACCCCCUGUCCCAUCUAGGACCAAUGCUGUCCCCCCUCCUAUUCCGAAAAGACCAACAUGA